AUGAAGUUUGUAACGUCCUCUUUCAUCUUACUGGUUUUUGGAUUACUACACUCCUUAGCCGGCUCCACCCACUGCUUCUACCCUAACGAAAGCAUCCUUAUCUAUGGACGAAAUUCAACUGCAGAGCUCCGACUGUGGCCUUUGCAAUCAAACCAAAGCCCCGUCUGUGCCUCUCUAAAGGGCGGGGGCACACUUCUUCUAGAGUCUCUAUACUGUACUAUAUCUACCGAAUUCCCUCCAGUGCCCAUGAAUCAGCCAAUUGUCUUGACCUUUGCAUGCACAGAUUCAAACGACUGCGAGAGUAUAGUUCGGAAUGCAAACUCUUUUAGCUAUAAGCUGUCUUCCGGGGUGUCUACUAACCAAGGAGUCGUAGAUGGCUCUAUCAAAUCUUUGCAGCGGCAUAACUUUAUAUACCACGAAUGCUGGUCAAACCCUAUCCUUUUAUACACUGACUCUUCUAUCAGGCCCAUCUAUGGGCUGUGCAUCUCCGUUACCCCGACACCGUGCAGAUCCCCGGCCGACUCGCUUCAGCAGGUCACUGCAGAGAUACGCUUGGUGAUAAACGGCACCUCAUAUAACCUACCUGUCGUCAGCUCGUCUGAGGGCAGUGGUGGGUUCUCAUUGCCGUUUGACCACAUGAACACGAAGUACUACUGUCACACUUGCCCCGCCCAAACCAGUGGAGAAGCACUUGAUCUGUGUAAGAAAGUUGCCGGCUUGGUUAGGGAAACCAUAAACUUUGAAGCGACACUAGUGGUCAACAUUCCGUACACUAACACACAUACCGGCAUUCUAGCUCCAUUGAGGUACACGACAGAUGUUCCCAUCAAAGGAAGUGUAUAUUAUUUCAACUGCUUCAAGGACCCUCUCGUUGUUAUUCUUUGGGACAGGAUCUCAGUUUCGCUUCAACAAAAUGAGGCCGCGUCGAACUGCGUUCUACCACCAAACACUGAGACUGUUUAUUUUACUAUGACGCUAGUCAUAACGAACAACUCUGGAGGCACUUCUGAGUUGUACUUCAGGCACAAGGUAGGCAACUUCGUCUGGACAACCGAUAGGUAUUGGUUCCUUUGCAGAGACAACCAAACGUGCCUUUCGUUGGUUCAUAAUGCAUAUAGUAAUGGGUACGAAGUCAGUGGAUACCUGAUAAUAGAGUUUCACGACGCAGACGACUCUUACGUAGACGACCUCACCCUCUGGCUGAGCCCCCGCUAUAACUGUUUCAAGCUUGUGGACCUUUUUGCUACUAAGUCAGACAUUCGUAUCGUUGUUCAGACCCAAUUUAACUACUGUGCUGAACAGUACAAGGCAAUCAUAGGCACUAAGACAUACAAGCUUCAUAUCUUUGAAAACCUCCUGGUCGACAUGGAGUACAUGAGAAUUUUGCCACUUGGUCUCUUUGUUCAAACAAUCACAAACUGGACUCCUCAAGAUACAUUGGUAUUUUCUUGUUCUACCUAUGAUUCUACGUACACCGACAAUCUAUGCAAGGAUGUCCUCGCAAGGGUCUAUGAACUAGUGCGUGUUGGCAAAAUCAUUGCUACAGUCCACGUGGCCGGAUACAGUACUGCAAUUGGUCGUGUCUAUAGGGCUAAUUAUAUUCCAAUCUAUAUCACAGCGGGCGUUGCUGGCGCAUGCAUUGUUAUUUCCAGCUCCAUAUACGUGUUCUUGAUGAUUCGGCGCCACAAAGCAAUACUUCAUUUAAUUCAUACAGACGUUGAACCAGACGUUGAACCCGCUUUAACUCAGCAAAAAUGA